AAACAGUCUUGGUCAAGUUGUCAACAAAAAAAAUCAUUUGUGUGAUCAGCAGUUGUGUUUGAUUGCAUACCAUUCCUGUCCAAGCCUGGAGAUUGCCUCUAAUGCGCCAAACUAUAAUGACAAAUAAAUUAGCUGAUCAACUUGCAGAAGUCAUCAAAGCUUAAGGUUACCCAAGGAGCAUUAAUAAUAUUCUGAAUAACUGCUCUGAUCAGUGUUGUGUUCACUUGAGCAAGGAGAAUCAUUGUGUGAAUCUGACUACUUGUUCAGUUUAUGAAAAAUGUGUUAAAAAUGUAUGCUUUGUUCUUUUUAAUAAAAAGAAUGGUGUUUUUGAGCCUUUUUUAUCUGGAUGUGGUGAUUUUUGUGAUGCAAAAGCUCAAUGUAAAACAGAAAAUCGUGGGGAUGAAAUUUCAUAUAUGUGUUGCUGUAAUGGAAACCUGUGUAAUAAACAUAGUGUAUUUGAUGACAGCUUAGGUUUUGUCCCAGUUUCAAUUCAACCAACACCCAAUACAACUAGUAAUGUUAUCCAAAUCAACUAUAAGAGUUUCCAGAAAAAAUCGUAUAAUUUUAUCGGAUACAUUUUUAUACCAUUUUUUGGCAUACUUGCAGCACUUAUUGUAAUUAAACAUUUCCGGAGGAAACGUAAAAGAAAUGUUAUUGUUCAACAAUCGCUCAUUGCACCACUUUCCCCUUGUCAAUUGAUAUCAAAACAAGACAAAUUGAUAAAACUACAAGAAUUAAUAGCUCAUGGACCACUUAGUGCAGUAUGGAAGGGAAUUUAUGGUGUUGAAUAUGUUGCUGUUAAAAUUAUUCCAAAAACCGAUUUUGAUUCUUGGGAAAAUGAAGUCAAAGUGUACUCUUUAUUCAAAAUACCAAAUGAAAACAUUUUAAAAUUUUAUUUAGCUAAAAAACAUAUUGAAAAUAGCUGUAUCCAACACUGGAUUGUAACAGAGUAUCAUAAAAAUGGUUCACUUAAAAAAUUUUUGAAACUAAAUGUCAUUAGUUUACCUAUUUUAAAGAAGUUUUUUAUGUGUUUCACUGAUGGUUUAAAAUAUUUACAUUCAAAACUUGGACAUAAACCUGCAAUUGCUCAUCGAGAUAUUAAAAGCAAAAAUAUUUUGGUGAAGGAUGAUUUAAGUUUAUGCAUUAGCGAUUUUGGAUUAUCUCUAGUUUUUGAUGGCAAGUAUUUUGAUAGUAAACAUGCUAAAGUUCAGGUUGGAACAAAAAGAUACAUGGCACCUGAAAUGCUUGAAGGAUCAAUCAGCUUCCUAACUGAUUCUCUAUUAUUUAUUGAUAUGUAUGCAUUUGCACUAGUUUUAUGGGAAAUAUUAUCAAGGUGUAGCAUUGAUGAAGAGUCAGUGAAUGAUUAUAUACCACCAUUCCAAGAUAUGGUAGGUGUUAAGCCAUCUAUAGAUGAUAUGCUAAAUUGUGUUUGUGUUAAAAAAAUGAGACCAUGUUUUCAGAGCAAUUGGAUCAGACAUCCUCUAAUUAGUAAAAUUUGCAAAACCAUUAGUGAAUGCUGGGAUUAUGAUGCAGAAUCUCGAUUGUCGUCAAGUUGUGUUUAUAUUCGUUUUGUAACAUUAUUUGAGCAAGAAACUGAACUGAUAAACUCAGAAUAAAUCAUAACUUAGGAUAAA